UCGCGUAUGUCAUAUCAGCUACAAAAAAUGACCAUCUUUGCUAUUUCAUUGAAAUAAACUAUUCAUUUUACCAUAUUGUAUAUUUCAUUCAUACUGUCCUUUAUUUAGGGGAUGUGUGUUGGCUUUUAGAGUAGUUGGUGUGCAUCAGUAUUUCAUGAAUGAACGAGUUGGACAUGUUCUCUAACAGGGGGUCAAGAAUUACAGUAAGAUUAAAAUAAAAAAUAUUUAACCCAAAUCGUUAUUCAAUAAUCCUGGGUAUUAAUAUAGCCCACUGAAGUGUGUAUGUAUUCUUAAAGGCAGGUGCCUUUGUGUUGUGAAAAGAUGCUCCCCGCAGCCAGAAUGGUACAUCCUCGGUUCAUUCAUAAAAUUCUGAGGGAAUAAAUAGGAGGGGCUUGGAUAGAAGGCUUAUCAGUGACCAGGUUUAUAUAUAAACCUGGAAAAGGGCGACUGGAAUCAGGGAAGCAAGGCAGACAGAGCAGGUCCCUGGUCUAUUUCUUUUUGUUUGUUUGUUUUUUUUUUCUUCUGGAAACGUGCCUGUGUGGAGAAAUGAUCCUCAGCAAAGCCGGUGUGGAGUCUGUGUCACGCUGCAGUUCUGCAUCUCCUGUCGGAGAGCUGAUGGAGACCACACAGGGCCUGGGACCGGAUCAUGAGGCGCCCGUGGCUCCGUUUGUCCCCACAGUCACUGCCAUCUCCACCAGUCCAGAUUUGCAGUGGAUGGUGCAGCCGACCAUCAUCACGUCCGUUUCCCCGUCUGCGUCCAGACCUGAAACCGGAGAGACAGCAGCCAAGAGGAGUGGGGCCAAAGCGAAGAACAUCACCAGAAAGGAAAAAGGCGAGCAGCUCACACCAGAAGAGGAAGAGAAGAAGAGGAUAAGGAGAGAGAGAAAUAAAAUGGCUGCAGCAAAGUGCAGGAACAGACGGAGAGAGCUCACCGACACCUUGCAGGCUGAAACAGACAAGCUGGAGGAAGACAAAGCAGCUCUGCAGGCAGAAAUAGCAAAUCUUCUAAAAGAAAAGGAGAGACUUGAGUAUGUCCUUGCUUCACACAAGCCUAUAUGCCAGCUGCCUGAAGAGCUGGAAAGCAUUUUCCCAGAGUCACCACAGCCUCUCCCUUCUUCUGAGAUAUCUGGCCAACUUCCAGAGGAUGGUGCGCAGGACACCCCUUCUCUACAAGAUUUAGAGACUCCUUCUGUUCCUCCCACAGCUAUCUCAGGCAACUCCAAUAUUCUGCUGUGCUCUAGCGCAGAGGUCAGUUUGUGCGACCUUGAGCCGUCACUGGAUGUCAAGGAGGAGCUGCUGGAAAAUAUCCUUGGCAGUGUGGAAGAGGACAGGAUCUCAGUGGAGAAAGCACGCUCAGUCCCUGACAUCGACCUCAACGGUUCCCUAGGCUUCACAGACUGGGAAACCCUGUACAAGUCAGUGGCCAAUGAUCUGGAGCCCUUAAGCACCCCUGUGGUCAGUGCCUCCACCCCUACUUGCAGCAAUUACUUGUCCAUCUUUACUUUCGCCUGUCCAGAGCUGGACUCUCUGACUGAGGAACUGGAUGGCUGCAAGAGUGGGGUGUCCAAAUCUGAUGCGAGUGUGGAUCUUCUAAACUCCCCUACGCUCCUGGCACUAUAAACACGUACUGUGUCUAACAAAAUGGAAGGUUUUACAUUGUCAGUGAAUAGAUAUCACUGUGUUGUGAUAUCUGAGAAGAGUGGUAUUUUCGGGAAGUCUGCAGCAUCCGUGAACCGUGUAAUGCAACCAAGCAAGACCUAGUUUACCCUCUUCCAGAUACUUUUGAUGUAGCUAAGAGCAUGGAAAAAAAAUCUAUGACAUUGUAUCCUAUGGACAGUUAUGAACUAUAUUCUGAUUUGAAAAGCAUGCGCAAAGAUCUAAUAUAAAACAAGAUAUAAAUCAAUUAAUAUAUAUGUAUGUUAGAGUUUUAUAUCUAUUUGAUCUUCUGUGAGGUCUUCUGUAAGCUAUAUUGUGCACUGUUUGCUGUGCAGUUUUGUGUUUUUGAUGGCAGUAUAGAUUAUCAGUGUUGUGCUUUAGUAUAUAUUCUUGACAGUUCUUACAUACCUCAGUGUCAUCAUGCAGUCUGUGUUAUGACAUCAUUAAUAACGUUUAGAGUUUUCCAUGAAAACAUCCAGUGGUAUAUUAAUCAAAAUGUAUUUUAUGAUACUUUAUUUUUCUACCUUAUAAAUUUUUUGACUUGUGCAUCAGAUGAAAAGAG